GCCUCGGCGUCCUCCUUCCACAAUAGGGCUGCGCUCCCCCUGCGCGCGCCGUGUGCCCGUCCGUCGCGUCCCGGACGCUGUGCUGGGGGAUGGCCGGCCCCGCGGUCCCCCUGCUCGCUCUCUUCGGAGACGGUGGCUGUCGUCCCCGGCCGGGGUCCUUGAACCCCGCGGAGUAGUUCCGAGCCCCCCUCCGCCUGUCUCGGAAUCGUGGUCCUUUGCUCUGAAUUCUGCUUCCGAAGGAACGGGGAGCGCAGGGUUCUGGGUUCGGAACGUGAGUGCUCGGUGGGUGUUCCUGCGCGCGCGUGCGUGCGUGUGUGUGUGUGUGUGUGUGUGUGUGUGUAUCACAGCCUCGUACAAAUGAAAUGACUUCUUAACCAUGAUUGGUGCUGUAUUGGUGCUUGCUAGGUCUUUAUUAGGAUUUCGUCACUGCUUGAAAGAAACCAGUCUCUUCCCUGAUAAAAAAUAUGAAUAGAUUGUUAGUCAUAAACUCAAGUGCAGUCAGAAUAGACUGUAGCUUUAAAAGAGAUGUGUUGGUGACUUGAGGUACACCUGCAACACAGGUAGGGCCGGACUGGUUUCUAAGCAACUGUCAGAGGUGAAGAAAGGUGAGGUUAAAAUGCCUUUUCUUCUUCUUUUUCUGAAGAACAGUGUUCUGCACGGUUUUCAACUUUUAUAAAUGUGUAUGUUUGCUGAGAAUACUGAAAUAUCUAAGUUCACCAUGCCAAGUCUUGCCUCCCCCCCCCCCCACCAUAAUUAUAGUUUUAAGCGAGGUUUUGCCUAAACAGACCAGACAGGAGGAGGCCGGGUACCCAUUUCACUAAAUGACCAAAUUUUGCUGAGACGGAAUAAAAUUUGGUUUCUUGUUAAUGGUGCUAUGAUUGGUUACCAGUCUGUUAUCAAAUAGCAUAUUCCCGUCUCCUCCGGAUAUUAGCAGAUCCGGAGAGAAAUACAUACAGGUUUUAGCCUGAACUUCAGACACUCUUUCGUCAUUCUCAUUUCACACAGGCUGGUUUUCACCUGUGUGUUUCGUGGGUCCUGGCUGAUAGGUGCUAAGGUCCUGGACUAAGCAUUUAUAACCUAACGUAUAUUAGACUGUAAACUCCUUCAGGGCAGGAACUCUUCCUUGUACGGCUUCUAUCUCACGCAGCCUUGCGCAUAGUUGAUGGUUGAUAACUAAUUGCAUGAAAGCACAUUUUACGUCUUAAAGCUCAGCAGGAUUGGACCAGUCACUGAUAAGGGUGGAAAGCAGAUCUCUUUAUGGCUAUUAUGAAAUGUCUGAAUUAUUCAUGUUUUCAACAGAUAGGUAAAAUUACUGUUUGGGAGAAUUGUUUUUCCUCCUUUCAGUUCACAAUAGAUCCUGGUCCCUCUUACCGUGAGGUUUAAUUAUACUGUAGACUUGAGUUUUUGUGUGAAAACAACUCCUAACUGCUGCUUCUCAGAAGUUGAACCAGAUAAUACUCCCUUUCAGCGAAUACUAAUGGUAGCUUUUAAAAGCAAGUUGCCUAAAUUACAGGUACAAUCUAACGUGCUUGAAACUGACCUGAAUGUCUACAUACCAUCAGGUUGCUUUAGAAAGGUGAGCAGAGGAGGGGAAGGUGGUGCCAAGGGUAAUUCCAGGAAUUUGAAUGUCAUCAGCUCCCUCUGCCAGAGAAACAGCUCUGCUUUUAAUCUAAAUAAAUCUGAAUUGGAACCUCAUCAUCAGGAUUCCUUUCGCAUCUUUUGGUGCUGGUGUUUGGCCAUGCUUUGUACAAGCUAAUGAAUAACUCACUAGAUGACUAGAUAAACAAGAUCCAGUUGUGGCUUUUCUGGCGUUAUCCACACAGCAUAAAUGCAUACUUUGGAAAGGUGGGUACAACUGGUGAGUUUCAGAGUUCUGAAUGUUAGUUAGUUGCCAGCGGAACAGAGGAAUUUGCUUUAAGGUAGGCAAAAGGUAGUGUGGCCUUCAGGUUUCAGAAGGGAAAAGGAUUCUGCAAUUUGGAGUCAUCGUUGAGACUUCAGUCCAAUUCCAUACACUGACAAAUUGGGUAGCAUUGCUAAAAGACCAGUGUUCCAGGCUUAAGUGAGUGUAUUUGUCAAACCCGGGCCUCUGGCUGUGUGAGUUUUAGCCCUUGUCCACUGCAGAGUGUCAUGGUUCAGCAUCACAGAGGAAGCAGGAGGAUGGUAAGGAUGAGAAGACAUUGUCCAGAGCUUUUAUUGAAGAUCCACAGAACGUGAAAUUGACCAGCUAGAGAUUAUUUAAAAUACCAUUUCCCUGUGCCUGGAAUGCUCUUCUGACUCCUCGCAUGGCUGCCUCUUUUUCAUCCUUAAAUUUCGGUUUAGAAGGUCACCUCAGAGAGGUCUUCCCUAACCGCCUGCGUACAUCCGGUCUCCCUUCCUGAUCCUCCCUUGGAAGUUAUCACAAUCGGAAAUUGCUUGCUUGCUGGUUGUCUCCUCAUUAGGUUGAGACUUCCUCAGGCAGCGGCCCUGUCUCCUUCACUAGCAUAGCAUCUACUCCAGAAUAAGCAUCUGAUAACGACUUGUGAAAAUAAUGCAUCCUUGCUUCCUAAGAAUUUGUGAGGGAAACCCUGUGAGUGGAGUUCUGAUCUCUGUGAUUGACUUGUGAUGAGGUCUCGUACAUUUCACUCGGCCAUUCCUGCAUCAGUUUCCCAAGAACAUUGGCAAGAGAAGGGACGUUGUUGCCUAAAAUGAAGAUGCUUUGGAGAGGAGAGGAGAGGCCUGGAAGGAUCUCAGGAAGUGCUGGGUCAUAGGGCAGAAGAGCCCCGAUGGCCCUUCUGCGAACAGGAAGAUGUUUUCACUUCCUCAUCCGCAAAAUGGACAGUGUCAUCCCUGCCUCCUCUUCCAGGGAUGUUGUGGGAUCAGGGACCUCGAGCUGCUGGUUGGUGACAGAUCCCUAGGCGUCCCCAGUGAGGAGACCUCCAGAGUAAGGCACAAUGUCCACAGCAGGAGUUGCUGCCCAGGAGAUUCGAGUCCCGUUGAAAACCGGAUUCCUGCACGAUGGCCAAGCCUUGAGGACCGUGAGGGCCUGCUGGGGCGGCCGCAGCGAGUUUGAAAAUCACUUUUUGAACAUCGACCCGAUAACCAUGGCCUACAGCCUCAACUCUUCGGCCCAGGAGCACCUCACAUCUCUUGGGCGCGCUGCGACGUCCGCGCCAAGGAGCGGCAGCCACUUUGCAGAGCAUGGCCCCUCCCAGAAGCCCAGCUUGGCCCCUCUUAUCAUUCCCCCGGGCGAGCACCCGGGUCCGCGGGAAGAGGAGCGAGUCGCGUGUGGUUUUAGGAAACUCUCGGUGAACGGCGUGUGUGCUUCUCCCCCUCCGCUCACACCCAUAAAGAGCCCCCCUUCCCCCUUCCCCUGCACGGCCCUCUGUGAACGCGGUUCCCGGCCCCUCCCGCCACUGCCCAUCUCCGAAGACCUCUCUCUGGACGAGACAGACUGCGAGGUCGAGUUCCUAACCAGCUCGGACACGGACUUCCUCUUGGAAGACGGUACGCUUUCUGGCUUCAAAUACGAUGUUCCUGGCAGGCGAAGCUUCCGUGGGUGUGGACAGAUCAACUACGCGUAUUUUGACACCCCAGCUGUCUCCGCGGCAGAUCUCAGCCAGGCGCCUGAGCAGAAUGGAGGUGUGCAAAAUUCAAAUCCUCCUCUGCCUCAGACCCACCGGCGAUUAAGAAGGUCUCAUUCGGGACCAGCUGGAUCCUUCAACAAGCCGGCCAUCAGGAUAUCCAGCUACAUCCACAGAGCUUCUCCGAACUCCGACGAAGACAAACCCGAGGUGCCCCCCAGGGUCCCCAUUCCUCCUCGGCCCGUGAAGCCAGAUUACAGAAGGUGGUCGGCGGAAGUCACUUCCAGCACCUACAGCGACGAAGACCGGCCUCCCAAGGUACCACCGAGAGAACCGUUAUCACGGAGUAACUCCCGCACGCCAAGCCCCAAAAGCCUUCCGUCUUACCUCAAUGGGGUCAUGCCCCCCACGCAGAGCUUUGCCCCUGACCCCAAGUACGUGAGCAGCAAAGCUCUGCAGAGACAGAACAGCGAAGGGUCCGCCAGUAAGGCUCCCUGCAUCCUGCCCGUCAUCGAAAACGGGAAGAAGGUGAGCUCGACACACUAUUACCUACUACCUGAGAGACCGCCGUACCUGGACAAGUUUGAAAAGUUUUUCCGGGAAGCAGAGGAAACAAACUCAAGCACCCACACCCAGCCGCUGUCUGCUGACCGCGGUACAGCCUCGGCCGCAGAAAAGCUGGACUCCAAGACAAGACUGGACCUGGGGGGCCACGUGAGGCGUAAACACUCGUCCUACGUGGUUUCUCCUUAGGCUUCGGCGUCGCGGGUCAGCGGGGGUUCCGUGGGAGCGAGUGGCUCCCCAGCCGCCCUCCAGGCCGGUUGAGGUUGGCCGGAAGAGGUCUCGGAUUGCAGAACAGAACAGCUGAACCCUCCGUCUUAGAAAGGGUAGGGGCGGUCGCGGGGCGAUCUCGGGCCGAGAAUCCCCGAUCGUGCCGGCGUUGGAGAAAAGUCUGUUCCGGUCCGUAAUUUAAAAGUGGGCAGGCAGGCAGGGAAGGCUGGGGAACCUUGGACAUGUGCAUACAUUAUAGGCCUGUGUAGAAACUCGUGCUGUAACCGUAGACCGUAGCUGCAGGGUAACCAAUUAGUUGCUACCUUAGAGUAAUAUAUAUUCAAGAUGGUAAAAGCUGGGGGGCAACUCCUGACUGAAAAUUGAGCGAAUGGAAGAAAACACAGUAUUGUUUAGAUCAGAAUCAUUAAAAAAAAAAAAAAAAAAAAUUUUUUUUUUUUUUUUUUUAGUUUAGUAACUUUGAAGCAUUCAGGCUCCUGGGCCCUGUGAUGUUCUCCUUUAAACUUUGCAAGCAGCCUUUGUCCCACAGGGCAGGGCGCAGUCCCUGCCGAGGCUCUACCUGCCCAGCCUAAAAGUCACCCCGAGACCCGGCUCCUUCCGUUUCAUUCCAGGGAGGACAGCAGCGUAUCUGGCAGCCACACGUGCCCUGCUUCUCGAAAGAUGCGAAGCUAACAGAAUUCGCACGUCCGUUCUCCUUACGGUCCCUGCUCUGUUCUGCCCGCCACGGUGGCCCGGUCUGGCAUGCGCCUCGCAGCCACAGGGGCACCGCGUUAGACUCCCCUGGACCAGCAGACCGGUCGCCAGGGCUCCGGGCGUCCCGUUGAAGCGAUCGUGAAACCACCGGCCACGUGACAGAGUCCCUGGGGGGGCCCGUGUUGUGUUUCCGUGUCGGUUUCCGUAGACUGUGUGAAUGAACAUGGACAGCACAAGCUGGCCUUGUGUUGCUGGUUCCCGUUCAGUAUUUCCUGGGGGUGGUGUGCCUUCCACGUAAAACGCUUUUGCCCAGUAGCGCAGUGUGUUUUGAUGCCACAGGCCGCGUCCGCGUCGCUCCGCUUUGGAGACCCUCCCGGCUGCCGCUUCCCUUGGAUUCGGUGAGACCCGCAGCCUGCGCUCAGACACCCGCGUGCUUCGAUGCAUGUAUCUUGUGUAGACAAGCACGAAAGAGAAGGUGCUCACUAACGGAGGUACAUUACUGCAAUGUUCUCUUAACAGUUAAACAAGCUGUUUACAAUUCAAACUGCUGAAUAUUUGAGCUAUUUAAAGCUUAUAUUUUAGUAUGAACUACAUGAAGGUUGAGACAUGCUUUAGAAAAAUGCACUGAUUUCUGCAUUAUGUGUACAGUGUUGGACAAAGGAUUUUAUUCAUUUUUGUUGCAUUAUUUUGAAUAUUGUCUUUCCAUUUUAAUAAAGUUAUAAUACUAUUUAUGACACCGUUAA